GUCAAAAUCAGUACACUCCCGGCACAUUAGGUGCGGAAGCCAAGUAGCCAACCAACCAUGAGCGUCCUUCAUCUGCUCCUUAUCUUGGCUCUUCAUGUCCUUCCCCUCGCAUCUCCGGCGGUCGACGUCGACCAGUUCACGUUCGAUAGCUUCGCCGGCGCGAACCUCUCGCUCGACGGCACGGCCAUGGUCACCCCAGACGGGCUCCUGAUGCUCACCAACGGCACGACUCAGCUAAAAGGACACGCCUUCUACCCUUCCCCAGUGCGGUUCCACGACGCCGCAAACGGCGACGCCUCCUCCUCGCGCUCCUUCUCGACAGCCUUUGUGUUCGGCAUCCUCAGCGAGUACGACGACCUCAGCAGCCCCGGCCUGGCCUUCGUCGUUUCCAAGGGCAAAAACUUCUCCACGGCGCUCCAGAGCCAGUACAUGGGCCUGGCCAACGCGGCCAACAACGGCAACGCCAGCAACCACUUCCUGGCCGUCGAGCUGGACACCAUCGUCAACGCCGAGUUCGGGGACAUGAGCGGCAACCACGUCGGGGUCGACGUCGACGGCCUCUCAUCCAUCGUCGCCGACAACGCGGGGUACUACGAGGACGGCACAGGCGCGUUCAUCAACAUGAGCCUGUUGAACCGCACGGCUGCGCAGGUGUGGGUGGACUUCGACGCCCGCACCUCUCUCGUUAGCGUCACCAUGGCACCCCUUGAGUUGCCCAAGCCUAAGAAGCCCCUGCUCUCCGCCACCGUGAACCUCUCGUCGGUGAUCCAGGACAAAGCCUACAUUGGCUUCUCGUCAUCCACCGGCGUCGUGUCGAGCCGCCACUACGUGCUUGCCUGGAGCUUCAAGAUGGAUGGUGGACAAGCCCCGCCGCUAAACAUACAGAAGCUGCCGGCCCUGCCGUUCACGAUCCCCAAGCGCCGGUCGAAGAUGCUGUAUAUCUUAUUGCCGAUAGCAUCGGCAGCGUUGGUGUUAGCACUGGCCAUCGCCGUCGUCGUGAUUGAUCGGAGACGGCGCAGGUAUGCGGAGCUGAAAGAGGACUGGGAGACGGAGUUCGGUCCGCACCGUUUCUCAUACAAGGAUUUGUUCCACGCCGCCAAGGGGUUCUCCGACGAGCGGCUGCUUGGCAUCGGCGGAUUCGGGAGGGUGUACAAGGGCGUGCUUCCGACGUCAGGGGCGGAGGUUGCAGUGAAGAAGGUGUCGCACGAGUCGAGGCAAGGGAUGGAGGAGUUCAUCUCUGAGGUGGUCAGCAUCGGGCAGAUCCGGCACCGGAACCUCGUCCGGUUACUCGGAUACUGCCGGCGGAAGCGUGAGCUCCUGCUAGUCUACGAGUAUAUGCCAAAUGGCAGCCUCGACAAGUUUCUGUAUGACCACAACACGAUGGUCUUGAGUUGGAGCCAACGGUUGGGGAUCAUCAACGACGUCGCAUCCAGCGUCUUGUACCUCCACGAGGACUGGGAGCAGGUGGUUCUGCACCGCGACAUCAAGGCGAGCAACGUGCUUCUGGACGCCGACAUGAACGGGCGGCUAGGCGAUUUUGGCCUCGCGAGGCUGUACGAUCACGGGACCGACCCGCACACCACGCACGUGGUCGGCACCAUGGGCUACCUAGCGCCGGAGCUCGGGCACACCGGCAGGGCCUCCAAAGCGUCCGACAUCUUCGCCUUCGGCGUGUUCAUGCUGGAGGUCGCGUGCGGGCGGCGACCCAUCUCCAUCUCCCAAGACGAGCACGGCGAUCACCUCCUGCUGGCGGACAGCGUGAUCGAGCACUGGCGCCAAGGAACGAUCACCGACGCCGUGGACCCGCGGCUCCGAGGCGACUUCCCUGUGGAAGAAGCGAGAUUCGUUCUGAAGCUGUGCUUGCUGUGUUCACACCCUCUGCCCAACGCGCGCCCGGGCAUUCGGCAGAUCAUGCAGUUCCUGAGUGGUUACACGCGGCUCCCGGAGGUGUCGGUAGAGCACCUGAGUGUCGACGUGCUAGCGCUGAAGCAAAACCAGGUGGUUCGCUCGCAUUCAUCUUUGCCGUCAACGGAAGCUGGUAAUAUGUCUGAUAUUCCUGGAGCGAGGUAAUAAACAAAAGAAUUAACCA